CCUCACCUCUUCACCACCGCCGCAGCUCCCCAAUCCCCCCCCCCCCCCACCAAAAACCUCCUAAUUUGUCAAUUGCAAUGGCGGAGGAGGAAUUCCAGGAGUCCGACGUCGUUUUCCGAGACUGUGACGAGGUCUCCGCCGCUUACGAUCCGCCGUCGAGGAGGAGGAGGAUAUCGAGAUCGCGAUCUAGAUCGAGAUCGGCGCCGGUGAACAUUCCAACGAACGCGUGGCGGCGAUGCGCGGACGAUGGCGGCGGCGGCGGAGAGGAGGGGGAGAUGGUGCCGCCGCACGUGAUUGUAGGGCGGCGCGUGGCUGGGAAGAUGAUGGCGCUGUCGACCUGCGGGAUGAUUCUGAGGAAGGGGAGGGAUUUGAGUGAGUUCCGGAAUUUGAUUUUGCGGAUGACUGGCUUUCUCGAAACGUGAACUCAAGCUUGGAGAAGAAGAAAUGUCAAAUGAAAAAAUACUAAUUUAUUUUUAUUUUUUUCUGAAUUAAUUUGUUUCUUAUAUAUAUAUUUUUUAAUUUUUCUUCAUUUGGGGGAAAUGAAUUUGAAAAAUUAUUCGCUGCGAGAAAACUAAAUAUUGGUACUAUUAUUAGUUAGUUCUUGUUAAUGUAUAUAUUCAUCGUUAUUUAUAGACUAAAAAGUAUCCAUUGUUAUUAUCAUUAAUAUAUUA